GUGGGUAUCCAGGUAUCCAGAUACGUUCAAAUACUUACUUAAAAUUGUCGAAUGCCUUUACCGCUCGUGUGAAUAAGAUUUAUCGAUUCCUCUUCAAAAAGAAAAACAAUAACCGUAUUUUUUGAAAAAAAAAAAACGAUAAUCCGAGUUUGUAUGUUUCCAAACAUACUGUUCCUUGGGGCUCCUGAAUCCGGCUUUAAUCCGGCUUCCAUCCACAUCCGGUCCGGAUCCCUUUCAUGAUUUGACAUUGACAGUUAGAAAAGUUCACUUAUCCUAGCUAAAUAAAAUAAAAUGCCAUUCUUUAGUGGACGCUGCUUGAGCACGGCCAAGUUGGUCGGCAAGACUGCUGUGAUUACGGGAUGUAGUUCCGGAAUAGGCAAAGAGACUGCUUUAGAUUUUUAUAAAAGAGGAGCAAAAGUAAUAAUGGCCUGCCGAGAUUUAGAAAAAGCAGCACUUGUCAAGUCUGAAAUAGAGGAAAAAUGCAAGCAUGUUACAGAGGCAGGCAAGCUGGUACUUGUAAAAUGUGAUCUAGCUUCUUUGAAGUCCAUCCGAGAAUGUGCCAAGACAAUAUUAGACACUGAACAACAGAUUAAAAUCCUAGUGAAUAAUGCCGGAGUCAUGAUGUGCCCUAAGAGUUAUACAGAAGAUGGGUUUGAAAUGCAGUUUGGUACAAACCAUUUGGCACACUUUUUGUUAACUAUGCUUCUUUUGCCCCGCAUGAGAAGCAGCACUCCAGCAAGGAUUGUGACUGUCUCCUCCGCAGCCCAUACCAGAUAUGACAUCAACUUUGAUGACUUAAAUUAUAAAAAGAGGUCCUACAGCCCUGCAGAAGCUUAUUCUCAAAGCAAGCUUGCAAAUGUUUUGUUCUCUAAGGAGCUGGCUUCUAAAUUGAAGGAACAUAACAUUGAUGGUAUACAUACAUACAGUUUGCAUCCAGGAGUAAUAAAAACUGAGUUAGGUAGACAUUUGGAUGACAGCUUAUUUCGUGGAGCCCGGAGACUCAUCGGCGUAGUAUUUAUGCCAUUCCUUAAGUCUCCCGAACUUGGUGCACAAACAACCAUAUAUUGCUCAGUUGAUGAAAAAUGUGCUGAUGAGACUGGUUUAUAUUAUAGUGACUGUGUUGUUAAAACACCGGCUAGAAAGGCUCUAAACGACGAAUAUGCUAAGAAACUGUGGGAAGUUUCAAUGGAGCUUGUUGGGCUGAAGAAUUACAACCCAUUUACAGCGGAGGACACUCCACCAAAGCAGAAUUAGAGUGUCACUAGAAAAGAUUAAUAUGGUGGUGGGUGCCUUUAGUUACUUUCCUUUUAAAUAUAACACACAAUGAAUUUGUUUAAAGGUUUAUAUUUCACUAACCAUGCCACAGCAACCUGUCAAUUGGCGAAGUUAAAAUAAUUACCUAUCAGGUUAAAUAAGCAAAGUAGGUGAGCUUCAUUGUGAUGGUACUUCAUGGAUACCUAAAACAGCCUACCUAUUAUAGAUAUCCAAAACACGAUCAGCACCAAUAAAAAAAGUUUUAAUUACUAUUGCUAACAAUAGAAACUUUUUGAGUAGAUAAUUCUAAUUGCGAGACUAUUUUAAAUACUCGGGUACAUAUUAUAUAUUAUGUAUUCGUUCUAGGAUUACUUUUAAGAAUAUAAUUUAAGUAAAAGGCACAAUUUUUGAAAUAUAUACAAGUCUUCAUUUAUAAAAUGUAAAUAAUGUCGUUUUUUCUAUUGCAAAAUAUAAUUAUAUUCAUUCGAUGUAUAUA